AUGAGUUCCCAAGGCCAAGAACCUCGUAGCCCUCAAAGCUAUUUGCCUCUGAUCAAUAAAGUCGACAAUGUCCCGCUGAGCUUUGACUUCAAUACUCUCUACAGACUCUUUCUACCUAAUGAUUCUAGGCCACAUGGCUUCAUGGUUCAAAGCACGGUAGAGCGUCUUCCGUGGACCCUAGAUUUCCGUAUCGACCACGCUGAGCGUGUAGUGCAGUUGCUCAACUCCACGGUCAAGGAUGACGAGGACAUUGGCAUGACAUGCACAGCUGCCUUCCAGCGCGUCGUCGACGCCGCAAUCGCGUCUGAUUCAUUCCCCUCACUGAACAAGCUCCACAGCGAGCAUUUCAAAAUUAUCGGCGCGAACCACUUUGUCUCGAUUGAGCGAUUUCCAGCACCUCUGUUCGGCAUCUCGUCGCGCGGGGCACACAUGACGGCCUAUGUCAAAACAAGCGAAGGGAUGAAGAUCUGGGUACCGAGGCGGAGCGCACACCUCUUCACCUUCCCGAACCUACUUGAUACCACUGUCGCGGGCGGCGUCAAGGCCGAGGACUCGCCCUUUGACUGCAUCAUCGCCGAGGCGACGGAGGAGGCGUCGCUGCCUGCUGACUUUGUUAAGGAGAAUGCUCGAGCUGUCGGAGCUGUGACGUACUGCAGCUUGAACAAGCAAAAGGGAACAUUUUUCCCGACUGUUCUCUAUGUCUACGAUCUUGAGCUGCCUGAGUCGAUCGAGCCUCAGCCGGGGGAUGAUGAGGUUUCCGGUUUUAAGCUGAUGUCGAUUGACCAGGUCAAGGAUGCCAUGCUGGGUGAGCAAUUCAAGCCCAACUGCGUUCUGGUCAUGCUCGACUUCUUCAUCCGCCAUAACACCAUCACCUCUGAAAAUAAUGAUGAGUAUCUGGAAAUUGUCACUAGGAUGCGGCGGCAUCUUCCGGUACCAACCAGUCCGGAACGAAGAUUCACUGUAGACGAGCCUGGCAACACCUCAUACCUUGGAUUCAUUCAUUGCGGACGAGCAUCAUUUGAGCCUUCCUUUAACAAAUCUCUCGGAGGGGAUUACCAAACUCAUGAGGCGUACGCUGUUGUUUCCUGUGCGGCGUCUUACUUUCUGUUUAUCUCUUCUACAAUGACUGCUUUCGUGCUUAAGCAUUAUCGAUACACUCAUUUGCUCAGAUAA